AUGAGUUGUACAAUUGAAAAAGCCUUAGCAGAUGCGAAAGCAUUGGUGGAACGGCUAAGGGAACAUGACAACGCAGCAGAAGCUCUUAUUGAACAGACUACAGCUCUUAACAAGCGGGUUGAAGCAAUGAAACAGUAUCAAGAAGAAAUUCAAGAGCUCAAUGAAGUAGCAAGACAUCGUCCUCGGUCUACAUUAGUGAUGGGUAUCCAACAAGAAAACAGACAGAUUAGGGAAUUGCAACAGGAAAAUAAAGAACUACGCACGUCUCUUGAAGAACAUCAGUCUGCUUUGGAACUCAUAAUGAGCAAGUACAGAGAACAGAUGUUUAGGUUGCUUAUGGCGAGCAAAAAGGAUGAUCCAAGUAUAAUAACAAAGUUAAAAGAGCAACAUUCCAAGGAGCUGCAAGUGCAUGUGGACCAAAUUACAGAAAUGGCAGCAGUAAUGAGAAAAGCCAUUGAAAUUGAUGAAAAGCAUGGCUGCAAAGAGCAGGAGCGUAUCAUUCAGCUUGAGCAAGAAAACAAAGGCUUGAGAGAAAUUCUUCAAAUAACUAGAGAAUCAUUUUUGAACCUCAAGAAAGAAGAUGCGUCAGAGAGUACAUCUCUGUCAGGAUUAGUAACAAGCAGUGAUUUGAGCCUGAGGAAAAGCUAAAGACUGUGGAAGUCAACAAGCUUCAAUUGCACACUUUACAAACAGAGUAUCAGGGGUCACUUGUCAAGCACUUGUUACUGAAUAGGGCACCAGCAAGCUAAUGCAUCUUAAACUCCAGUUUAGUGGCUUUUAUACUGCAUCAAAUAAAUUAAAAUUGGUAUUCUACAAAAACCUUAAGGACAGAUUAAUUGCCAUAGAUCUAGCUUCAGUAGGAAAUGGAUUAAUGAACUGAAUUGGGAAUUAUUUUUAUAUUAAAACAUUUUACAGAUAAAAGACAAGACUUCACAUAAUUUAUAUAAAAUUAUUGCUCAUACAAAGUUUCAGUGCACCUACUGUAUAAUAAAGAUAAGAUUGAAAGUUUGAUCUCUGGCUAAAAGCAGUAACUUAUGAAUAUGCUUUGUGCAUGAUCCACAUUAUAUUUUUUCCUUUUAAUAAGUUUUUUAAAAAUCACAAUUUUGCAACAAACCUGUUUAAGGGAAAGGGUACUUAGGCAGCAUAAAGCUUAAGGAUUUCUGUAAUUUAGCCACAGAGUAUCCUGUUCAAAUAUAAGGCCA